GGAGUGAACUCGUUUCCUCAAGUGAAGAACCAAAUCUGAAUUGAAUUGAACCAGAUUGGGGCUUGAACCACAAUGAAGGUUGCCUUGGUUCGAGUUGAAGUUGAAAAGUUGAACCGCUUCUAUUUCCAAUUAAACCAACUCUAAAUUGAACCAUACCAAGAUGAACUGACUUCUCCUUAACCUCAAGCCGUGAGUUCAAUUGGUUCGAUUCGUUCAUCUUUAAUUCCCUACUAGACAAGAUUCACAUUUUUAGAUAUAAUGCCCUAAAUGUAGGAAGAAUUGCAUUGAAGCUCAAAAUAGAACCAAACUCGUAAAACAUGAUAUGAAUCAACAAUUAACCAUAUGAGAGUAUUAAAACGUCGGGUAUAAGAGUCAAAGUAAUGUGUCCAAAUGUUAGUUAUCAAUCAACUAGUGAAGAAUAUUUUUAUUUGUUGCUAAGUCUGAUGUUAGAGGUGAUCGAUGAAGAAUUCCAAUUGAAUCAUGGGGGCUAAGGUCAACUGAUUAAGAAUUAUAAUAGAAUGAUGCACAAUAGAAAAAUUAGAGAGAAUCAUUGAUUUGACGAAGUUGCGUGACAAUUGUUCUAAUAUCUACAAUACAUUCGGUGAUGAUGGUGGAUUCUUAUUGAUCUUAGCACAACAAAAUGGUAAAGAGUUAUGUUAGAACCCCAAGUGGUGGAGCCAUGAUUGUUUUGAUAUGUUGUCAAAUGAGUUAAAUUAGGCUUUGUUAUUUUUGAUGUAUGCAUCUAAGUGUGUAUGGACUUAAGAGAACACAAAAGCACCCGAUGGCUCAAGAUCCGGUGGAGUAAGGUUGGUAUGAGACACCUAAGGGAUCAGAAAGGGCGAAGAGCAUCAAAGACGACAAGACUUUGGCAGAAGGCAACAAGCGAGUGAGAAGGAUGACACGGGAAGGGAGCCGAUAGGCUCGGUGCUUCCAAGAAUGAGAAGCUGUGGAAGAGUACUUCGGUAGACUGAGAAGGAUGACACAAGGAGUGAGCAUUUGAUGGACGAGAAACCAGGCGCAAGGUAAGCCAGUGAGAUGAGUGUUGAGUGACUUGUAAUUGGAUAAGAGUAGAUGAUGUGUGCAGACUACAAGUGCACAAUUAUCGUUAAGUAAUAAAAUAUCGUCCUUUGGGACUGUUAAAUCGAAUACUAGUUUGAAUGCAAAGUAGGUUAUCUAAAUGAGUUGAAAUUGAGAGAAUUGUGUGUGAAGGAAACAAAGUAAGAAAGCAAAUGAGAAUUUGUGGGAAAAUUAUUUUUGGAAGCAAUUCUAGGACUUCGAUUUCACCGCGAUCAUCGUUGACACCCUAAAUGUAACUCACUCUUUUACCUUUGUGUUCGAUAUGCAUGAAAAUGAUUUAUCCUGAGUUACCCAAUACUUCCUCUUGGACAAUAUAUGUGUAUCUAAUGUGGUGCCUACUUUCAUGGUAGCCUUACUAAAGCGAUCGCUUUCUCAGAGAAACUUCUGUUGUGAUGCCUCAUGAUUCUCUAGGUGCUAUUCCUUACUUCGUGACUUUGAAUCAGGGUAGAUUCAUUAAGCUUUGUAAUAGCCAAUGGUGCCCUAGAGAGGUUUUGGACUACUUUCGUGAAUGAACCCUUAAGUUCAGGAUUUAUAGAUCGGAGAAUUAAGUUUAAGUCUCGGUCCUUCCUUGCAUCUCUGUGGUAUGAGAACACACACUAGCGAUAUAAUCAUAUAUAUAUACUAAAGCUGAAUCAUGUAUCAAAUAUGUCAUGUGAUAAAAAAAGUUGAAUUAAUAAAAACAAGUGUCAAUAAUGCAUUAGACUACUAACUAAUCCCAAAAUUAAGAAACUACUCCAUGGAGAUGGAGUUACAAGCCAAAGACAUAAUGAAAUACAUUCUACAACUCCUAUCAAAGAGAAAAGAGAGAGAAAGCUUAGUCUUGGUGUGGGCAUAGGCUUUGGAAGAUCUCCAAGCUCUUCGGUGGACGAAAUCCUGGUGUCUCCUUGGGAACGACUCUCUCUUAGGGUUCCUUGUCAUUGAAAAACCCUUGAUGGGAAGGGGAGAACCCCUUGAUCCCUGAAUGCUCUAAAUAGAUUCCCCCUUGGUCCUUUUAUAACUUCCAAAGAUAUGAAAAAUUAGUAAACUUUCUUAAAAAGUUGGGGGCACUUUCCUAAAAUACAAAAUUUUCUUGAAAAAAGGAGGGCACCGCCAAUUGACCCUAGCCUACCAUGGCUGUGGUGAGCUCCACGGCUUGGCCGUAGUGGGCCCUGGAAAUGGAACACGCUCGUGCCUAAUGGCAUAGCCAACCUGUGUCGACCACUGAAGAGCUCCUCGUCAAUGUACAACAAGUAGCAUGACCGUGUUAGGGGACACGACCAACUCAUGUUCGGUGCUGGAAGUCCAAUUUCUGCUCCGUUGCUUGUCUAAUUCCUCAAGUGAUGCACGACUGUGUCAGGGGACACGACCAUACCGUGCACCAUGCUGGAAUGCACUCUCCAAGGCUUCUUGACUCCAGUUAAACUCCAAAAUCACAUCCUGUCAAUAAAAACACACAAAUAGUAGUUCUUCGAACUAAAAAGAUAAAAAUAAUGCAAAAGCGAUGACAGUAUGCAAUAUAUGCUGACAUAAUGAAUCAAAUGUACGCAAAAUAAUACUGAAAAUAUUUGCAUGAAACACACAUCAGUAGACUCAACCUUAGGUGGAAUUAGGCUUUAAUUUAGGUGUAGUCGACUCGGGAGGUUCGGGGGUCAAUCAGGCUAGUAGUUCAGUCAACCAAUGCAUAAUUUUAUCCUUAUCAGUACUACAUGUUAUCGCUGGAGUUGGAUCAGUUGACUUGACAAUGGGAUUGGACUACCAUAAGCUACGUGGAAGCUGAUCCAGCAGCAGGGAUUUGAUGUAAGUGGGAUCGUACGACCGUAGUGUAGGAUCGGACGAUCGGAGGACACGCGACAACAUAUCUAGAGAAGUUAUCCGAAGCUGAUGUGUUAUUUGGUUGAUUGAAAGGAUGCUAUGUCAUCAAAGAGAUGAGUGAAGACCGUCGAGAGGAUGAGAUCUAUCUACCACGUCAUCGGUUUUCAAUCAAUUGAACAACCUUUCCGGUCGAUUGAAUGUGCCAAGUCUGCAGCUCUUUAUAAGGAGGUGAGAAGUUCAGUUGCAAAACACACAUCCAUGAGCUUCGAUUACAUUCAAAGUGUUCUUUUUCUUCUCUCUUAUAUAGUACUCAAAAGCUGUAAGAGGCUACUCCGCCUUUAACACUGAAGAGGAGAAGGAUAGUGAACAAAUGUUUCCUAUGCUUAGGCCUUGAACAUAACAAUCUGGGGGUUAUGAACCAAAUAAAUAACUGAGUCCAUUAUGUUUAUAUUCAUGCUUAUUUUGAUGAACUUAUAUGUGGGUCCUUGCUAACCAGUUAGCAAGAGAAAAGAUCAUUUUAAUUGCAGAUACACUAUUUACCCCUUCUCUCUAACGAUUCGAACCGAUUUCGCUGCACCAACAAGUUGAAGAUGAAAGGGGCGAGGGGAGCAUUUAAAGGAUAACGUUCCUAAGAUAAUUUACUGCCUUGUUGUGCACUCAUAUUUGAAUUUCGAUUGUACUCAUUUAUAAGGUUUCUUCACCUCUUGUUAGAAGGAGAAAAUCUAGUGGUGCAUUUUGGAUAGGCUCACCAAUGAGUUAUAGGUGUAGAGUAGGAAUGAGGAUUCUGAACUAUUGUAAAUUCAAGUAUUAGUGUGUUUGUUCUUGUUUAUUUUAUUUCGGGUGCAUAUUGUGUUUAAAUUAACCUUGCUAAGUUUUUAACAAGAAUUUUUAAGUGGUAAUUGUAGAAACAUUCGCUAUUAAUCCCUUCUAGCUUGUCCAACAUCCAUUGCAUUGGUCCUAAUAGAAUUUCUUAUCUUGCAUCAUCAAUAUAAGAGGACUGAUUCCCUUCAUACAUUAUUAAAUAAGAAUGAUAACUGUAAGCAUGUGGAUGCUUAGGAUACUCUCUAAGUGUGAUAACUAAAACAAAUAUGUAGUAACAUUUGUCCAUGGAAGAUCCAAGAUAAAUCAGAAACAACACAACUAAACAACUAAAAAGUUUAAAGAAGAGACUUUCGUCAAGUUCAUACUGGACCAAAGAAUGGCCAUGGGAAACUCACCAAGGUUGAGUCAACGCAAGACUUGAGAUCUGAUAAGACUACUCUUGAGGUACUCAACUUACCAUACAAUCAUUGAUGAUUAUGCCUCAAACAUGAGCACAACACAAGGUCCAAUUAUUCUUAGCCUCAAUUACUUUGAUGAUUGAUAUCUCUCUCUCAUUGAUGCACAUACAGUUCACACUUUAUCCAUUGCUACAAGUUCACCUUAAGGGCGUGUUUUGUUCAGGGUUAUUGUUGAUAAUCUUGGUUAUCUAUCCAAUGUUAUCAACAAAAACUUUAUUUGGUUUAGGUAAUGAGUGAUCCCCGAGCAAUGACUCAUGCCUGACACGUUAGCAAAUGGGGCAUGUGGCUCGGAAUCAGAAUACCUUGGAAGUGUAAGGUUUUCCAUGAUUCUAGGGUUAACAACAAAAUUUUCGCAAAAUUACCUUCUACCGGCGGUGGGUUUCCUUUUCAUGGGAUUGGAGUUGUGGCAACGAUUAGCAAGAGUUGAUUCAGGUGAGCGCCGGCAGUGAGAAGAAGUCGAAGAUGGUGAAAUUUCUGAAGUCUAAUAAGGCCGUCAUCAUCUUGCAUGACUUCUUCGUCAUGCGGAAGGCCAUGAUCAUUCGAGCCUUCGAUGGCGACACUCGGGAGCGGCCCUAUGGCCACUGCCUGGUGGCCGACAACGCCAAGUACCCCAAAAAGUUCAUCCACAAGGACUUUGCGAAGAAGAAAGCCAAGAAGUCGCGGGUGAAGCCGUUCCUGAAGCUGGUGAACUACAACCACAUCAUGCCCACCCACUACACCCUCAACGUGGAUCUGAAGGACAUUGUCACCCUCGACGUACUCCAGACUCGGGACAAGAAGGUCGCUGCUUCCAAGGAGGUGAAGGCCCACUUCGAGGAGCGAUUCAAGACCGGAAAGAACAAAUGGUUCUUCACCAAGCUUAGGUUUUAAUCUAAACAACGCCUUUUGCUCCUAUUUGUGUCUCCAAUUUAUGAUUUGUACCUAACAGUUCAAUCCAUUGAGGUUUCUGAUUGUGGAUGAUUUGUGUCUCCGAUUGAGGUUUUAUCCAUUUAUGUUAAACUAGGUUAGCGUUUCUAGAGUCGACAUUUAAUUCCUUAGCGUUUGCUUCCCCAACUACUCAUUGAGGGUCGUGUAGCAGGGAGUGGCGACGGGGAUCGCCAUGCGCUUGAUGAAGAGCUCGAAGAAGAGAAGAAAGUAAAGGGAGAAAAUGAGGAGGAAUGGUACGAUGAGAGAUAGUGAGAUGUAAUUUCCUUUGCCCACAUUCGCCUCCCGUUGUUGGCAUCGACAUUGUCCUUUUCGGAGGGGAUCAAUAGCGAGCGACAAUGGGUGAAGGGAUCCCCACGAUUCAGAGACAGCAAGCCGCUCUUGUAGCUGCACGAGAUGCGGCGAUUGCGACCGUCGCCGCCGCAAUCUCUCCUAUCAGAGAUCUCUGUGGCCUAUGUUGAUCUCCAAGAAAAUGCGAACCAAAGUGGCACCGAAGGUGGAAUACCAAGGAUAAUAUAGUAAAUAUUAAACUAGGUUAUACACUAAA